GGAUUUCACAAUUGAAUCCCACCCACAUCUCGUCUCCUCUCUUCUCUCUGUUCUGUGUUUGGGUCUUACCAGUUGAGUCUAGAGAGUUCGGAGAGAAUGAAGGUUCCUUACAUUGCAGCGGCGUGUGUCAUGGUCGUGAUGCUGCUGCUGAGCGGAGGCCAAGUUCCAGUGGCUGCGGUCACUUGUAAUGCGUCGCAGCUGAGCGUUUGUGCGAACGCGAUACUGCUGUCACAAGCACCAACCAAGACGUGUUGCGACAGACUUGAGCAACAGAGGCCAUGCCUAUGCACUUAUAUCAAGGACCCUAGUCUUCAGAGGUUUGUUAGCUCUCCCAACGCCAAGAAGGUAGCCAGCACCUGUGGCGUCCCCUACCCCCAGUGUUAAAAUCUUAGUAGAGAAAUAAAGGAAUAAGCUGGGCUCGAUCUUCACCACCAUAUCACCAUCACUUAGUCAUGUGUGUAGUAAUUUAGUUUUCCCUGUCUGAGUUCUUUGAUCUAAUAGUGGUACUGAGAGUAUGAUAAUAAUUCUUAGAGUGCUAGUUGCUGUAUUCUUAUGGGUGGGUGGUAGCUUAUGGAAUCUCUGCUACUUCUCCUUCUGUAAUACAAUAAUGUUCUAGUAAUGGUGAGAUAUCAUCUUUCUUCGUC